UGAGGCCAGAUAAGAUUAUAAUGUCAAAAGGAGGAGAAAAACUGGAGAUGGUGAUGGGAAGGGGAGAAGACGAGGAAAUGACUGAUAAAUCGAAGGUCAGAAAGAAGCUCGUUGAGGAUCCAAGUUGAUCGAUUCAAUUCUGUUGGCCUCUGCAGAUGACUUCCAAUGCACUGAGUGGAUUGAGGAGCCAACUCUUCUUGUAACACGGUAUGAGUAUGCAAACCUUUUCCACACUUUCACGGAUUGGUACAGUGCAUAUGUGGCCUCCAGAGUGACUUGCUUGACAUCUCAGCCUCAUGUUGUUUUUGUGGAUGGCCACUGUGAGGUAUGUGUCCAAAUGAGUUGACUGCCUCUACCAAUAUUAUGUCCUGCAGUUGCUAUGCUGUCAAGCGCCCUUUUGGUGAAAGUUAUUUGGAUGAAAUGGUUGAAUCAGCUAAAUUUCUGAUUUAUAUGCUUUGGAGUAGCAUCCCAUUCAGCCAAAUAAUAAGAGGUGUGGAAAGCAUUGUUUGGAAGCGUCAGAUAUGCAAAACACUUUAAAGGUCCUGUUUGCUUCCGCCAUGCCAUCCUCUCACCUUUGGGGUAUGAAACGGCACUGUUUAAGGGACUCUCAGAAAACAUAAACUGUCGAGGCACUACAGAACGUAAUCUGUUGCAAAACCCCAAAGACAAAGAGAAAACUUCGCGGUUGGAUGAGUUUGGGGAGAUGAUAAAAGCAGCCUUCGGCUUUCCACCACUCAACAACAACCCGAGGCCCGCAGUUUCAGGUGUUCGUCAUCACAGCAUCCUCUUUGUUCGCCGGGAGGAUUACUUGGCCCACCCCCGACACAGUGGGAAACCGGAGUCAAGGCUUAGCAAUGAACAACAAGUGUUUGACUCAGUAAGGCACUGGGCAGCAUCAUUAUUGUCAUCAUCAAACGGUUUCAAGUGCAAGCUAAGCGUGGUUAACGGAUCAUUUGGUCACAUGUCAGUAAAGGAGCAGGUUGAAGAAAUACAGGACGCUUCGGUCAUUGUGGGUGCUCAUGAGGCGGGUAUGACCCAUGCCAUAUCUGCAAUGCCUGGAACAAUAACCCUUGAGAUCAUUAGCAGUGCAUAUAGGCGUCCCCAUUUCGCCCUUAUCGCGAAAUGGAAGGGCCUUGAAUACCGGCCCAUUUUUUUGGAUGGUUCCCACGCCGAUCCUCGAGUGGUGGUUGAUAAGCUCGACAACAUUUUGAAAAGUAGUGGUCUGAGAUGCUGAAUAGAGAACAAACAUAUCAAACCAGCAGGCAGGAAAUAUACUUUCGAUCAAGUUUCAAAAUAUCGGCUUAUCUUCUGUAUCAUUUUAUCCCCAAGCUUUAGAGGCCGGCUUAACUCAUAUACCUCCAUACCUUUUCAACCAAGGGCUUUAAGAGGAUUUACAUAUUCUAAACCUAUUCAGGAAGGGUAAAGAUGUAAAUAAGAUGAUAAGAAAAUAUAAAGAACCUAUAUUUUACGUGAUGCCGAUAAUGAUUAUUGUGAGCUGUAGAUUUGUUCCCAAAUUUUUACCACACACAAUAUUUUCAAAAAAAAAAACAGUCACACAAUGUGCUUUUGGUUUAACAUGUGCAACAUGCUUAUCCCUUCUAGUGCUACACUGCAACUAUUAUAGAAUGAAUCAAGUUUUUUCAAAGCUGACUGCAUUUUGUGUUAUAAUUUCAUUCCAAAAUCUUCACAAGAGGUUGAAUAAAUUUCUAUGACAUACAAAACUGUGAACCUUUCAAGCAAAUCCAUAUCACAAUCACAGAGGGAACCAAAAUCACAAUUGAUAUCUUUGGUUUCAAAAUAUAGAAACUUGGAUGCAACGUAACUCUGGAGAGCUUGGUCGAUCUUACAUUUGAACUUCAAACACUAAAUUCAAGAAGCUACACAUAACCAUGCUGGUUUCUCCAUUUGCGUUUUUUGACAAGUUAGUAUUUCAAAUUUAUAAAAUUUGCACACAAAAUGGAGGGCAAUUUCAUAGGAGAAUACCAUAUAAUUGAGAGUAGCCAUAAAAGUAAUAGGAAUAUGUAUAACCAUAUAUAGAAAUAAGCAUUGCAGGGUCCCGGAAUAUGGGUGUAAAUUAAACCGAUAGUAGCAAUGUUUUGUGUCCAUAAAGGAAUUGAUGGACGGGAGUAACAAUCUAGAUUGGCCUGGGUAGACAGAAGGUUUCAGAAGAAAGGAUCGGAGGAGAUGGAAGCGCGCGGCGCCUAGACACUCAUUGAAGGCAUCGAUGAUAUCUUCUUCCUCCAAUUGUAACAUGUCCGGCGUGUCCAGAGGCUGGACUCGUCUUCCUUCGUGCGUGAAACGAGUGGCUUUGAAAUCUAAACCUUCAAGUUUGCAGUAGCCAAUGAAGGCUGUUUCAAAAGCUUCGUCCCUCCUGAUUGUGAAGUGUUGAUCACGCUGGUGCUGCAUUUGAAUCUUUAUUUUUAUAUAGCAGCUUUCAGUUUUCACUGCGGCGGUUGAUGACAAUCCUGCUUACUUACCUCCGUGCAUCCACUGCAUUUCCCAAUUCCCACACGCAUUAUUAUAUACAUAGAGCAUAGCAGUUCUGAUCCGGCCUUUCCAAUUCCCAGCCAUCAGUUUCUGUGUUUCACUCGAGGUUUUAUUGGAAUGGAAGAAGAAACGCACGUCCUACAUGUGAUUUGAUUUGCAUUCCCCAACCUUUUUAGUACCACGACUCCCGACUAUUUCAUCAAAAUUUCGAUUGACCAAAAUAAGCUCAAUCCUAUACCUAAAAGCUGAAUCUCCCGCCUAUGCUAAGGUCUGAUAAGUAAUUUACUCGCCAAAACUAAUCGCUCCUAUUUCUCAGCCUAAUAACACUCCUCUUGCUUUCUCUGGCGAUUCUCUUUUCUUCCCUUCUUCAGCCAGACGGGCACUGCACAAACAUCGAUUUCCUAUGUCUUCUUCCUCUUCUUCUUCUCCCAGAGUCCACACUACACAUUCAAAUCGGUGAUCGUUGCUCAAUUGUAGAGAUCAACAAGCUUCGUCUCCUCUCUCAGCCGCAAUGGAGAAGGAAACCGCCCUCGCCGUUCGAAGCCAUCAACGCCCCGCACCUCAGGGCUCGAUUAGAUAUUAACUUCAGCCAAGUCCAUCUUUUGCCACAAGAUAAGAUUUUUUGCCGUGGGGACUGACUGGCCGACUGGGGAGGACAUGGAUGGGAGCUUUCUUCUUUGACUACGACAAAACAUAACCUCAGCCCCUUCUUCUUAAAGUUGGAAAGGCCUAUUUCCAAAAAGUUCUACUUUGAUGAAGAUUUUUAGAUGCCAUGAUUUUGAGCAACCUUUUCAACAAUUUGAAAAGGUGAACACUGAUUUUUUUAGUUUGUUUAUUGAAAUAUAAGGGAUGUUUGAGCAUAUGUUGGUGGUGUGCUGGCACAUCUUAUCAUGUAGGCCUCAUGAAACAAACUCAUGAAAAAGAAUAAAAAAAUACCCCAUCCGCAGCUAAAUGCCUAAACCUGUCAUGUUUUUAGCGAAGCCUCAGAGAGAAAAAUCUGCCAUAAUAACAAAGUCGCAGUCUGGUCCUUUGUUAUGGUUCACUCGACAUAGUUUCUGUAAUCUGCCGCUGCAACAAGUCUUUACUACCGUAUUCUUUCCUUCCGUCGCCACAAGGAAAAGAAGGUACUGGGAAUGGUGGUAGCCACGGCUCUCUCGCCAAUGAAGCAUCACCGCCUGAGCAAACUGGAGAUGAACAUUAAUAGAGAUUUGCCUAAUGGGGCAAAGGGGUGAUGCAGGAAGGUGGAUAACAAGGAAUGAACUUCCUCAUAAACCAUAAAUCUCAUUGUGACUUAUGAGUAACAUGAUGACCCUUAAACCUGUAAUUGGUGUAUGUGGCGAAUAACAAGUCCAUCCGAGUUGAUGUUGCAUAAAUAGACAUUUUUAAUAAUUUGUAGUUUCCUUUAACAAUUUUAUAGACUUACAUGUACAUAUUUUGCAUCAUAUGAUAUUUCCAUUUCAUGUCUACAAUUUAUUUUUUAAUUUGCUAUUAUGGCGGUGUUUGGAUCUUGUUCUUAAAACUGCUUCUGCUCCCUCAGAGAGUAGAAGCAGAAGCUGGAGUGUUUGGAUGAAAGUGCAAAAGUACUUCUGGAGCUCUAAUUUACUCUUAGAAUCGGUUUUUUAGAAGUAGGGAGAAACCAGAUUUUGAAAAUCAAUUCUGCUUCUGCUUUAUAAUGACAUCUUACUUUGUAAU